UCCAUAUCGAUUCAAAACCAACUUCCGUUUUCUGUCACGUGGGGGACGUAGGAUGUGGUAAUGGAAUAUGGACCCCUGUUAUGAAGAUUGAUGGCAACAAGCAAACGUUUCAUUACGAUUCUGAUUUUUGGAGAGACAAGUCAGAAUAUAACCUUCCUGCGGGAAACACUGGAUUUGACACAGCGGAGACCAAAUUACCGACUUACUGGAACACUUCCUUCUCCAAGAUCUGUCUCGGUAUGAAGAUCAACCAAGAGCUCAGGUUCAUCCUCAUCAACACGAAGGCUGACUCUCUGUACUCACUGAUCGCUGACGGGCAGUACCGCCCCACUUCAUUAGGUCGUGAUACGUGGAAGUCGCUGAUUGGUGUACAAGGCUCCCUACAGCGUUACUGUAACAAAGAAGGAUUCAAUCUUGAACCGGAAAGUGCAUUUUGGAAGAGUAGAGCUUCUAAAGCAAGAAUCGGUAUUUUCGCUAACAACCAAAAUAAUUGCCGUGAUGUUGACUCCAGGAUCGGAUUUGGAACAGGGGGGCCGCAUGAUGAUACCAACACAUGUGGAAUCCAUGCUUCCGGGCAUACACUAGAUAAUGGGCAGAGAAGCAUCAAAGCUAUGGGAUACAUCUUGGUACAGUAA